AUCGGUGGGCUCAACUUCAAACAUCUUGCAGACCACCACCGUGCUUGCAGGAGGUCUCUGCAACUCUCUGCUGCAAUGAUCCCAUUUGACACUGCAGAGAAGAAGAAAUGACUCCAGGAGCUGGUGAAGACAUGCCGGUGAAGGAAGGGGAUCCGGUUUCCAUAACAUGUAAGCCUGGUGAGAUGGGCAGCCUGGUGGUCUGGUUUCGAGUUCUUGACCCUGGCAUGCAAUUCCUUGCAUCUUUCAGCAGCAAUGGCGUGCUGAAGUCAUCCACGGGCUCCUUUUCCUCUAUUUUCAGUGACACAAAUAUUCGUGAGAAUAUCUUAACACUGAAGAAAUUCAGCAAAACUCGUGACAGUGGCGUUUACAGCUGUGCGUCUCUCAUUAAAGGAAAUGAACUGAAUUUCGGCAAUUUAAUCCGACUGGUCGGAGAUAAAGUCUCAGUAGAAGAAGUAGCUAAGGCCACCAUCACUCCGCCAAAUGAAUGCACAACUGCCACACCAUGCAAUUGUAACAAGAAUGAAAAAAUCAACCAAGGAGAAACCAGUCUUCAAAUGUAUUGUUCUACAAUCAUACUGGGCCCACUGGCCGGCGGCUGUGGCUUUCUUCUUCUACUCCUCAUCAUCAUCACCGUGUACUGCAACAAAAUAAGAACACGGAGAUGCCCACACCAUCACAAAAGAAAACCGCGGGUCCCGACUCCUGGAAAACAAAUGACCAACUUAAGACCAGUUUAAUCUAAAUGGUGUCAUUUCAUUUCAUUUCUCAACACAAUCAUUUCACAGUGUUGUGUUACUGUUGCAGAUUAUUUUCCUCCUAUUUACAGUUUAAUGACAAUCAUGGUGAAUAUUUUGCUGCCAAUUUAAAAAGUUCUUGUAACAAAAACUAUAAAAACUUUUUAAAGUGCUUCAAGGAUUCAAUGUAUGAAAUACCUUCGAAGAUCUUCAACAUCCGGUUUUAACUGCAUUGUGGUGAGACGGACGAUAAAGCCGUGUUACACUUAGAUUUAACUCUUUUAAUGAAAUAACAUGAAAUGAAAUGUGUAUUUAUCCAAUCCUAAUAAAUGUUGAUUGUAAUAGAAACCACUGAAGUCCUGAGAAUAUUAGAAGUGAGCACUCUUGUUAAAAUUGAAUUAUGAAAUUGUCAUAAUUGUGUAUAAUUCAUUUUGCUUUUGUACAGAGCCAAAGCUAAUUCUUAAAUGUUUACUUUUUCCAACAUACAUUGCUUUUUUUUUACCAUAAUUACUGAACCGUCUUUUAGUUUUGCUAUUUCAAUAUUUUCAGCUAGAACUUAAAUUGCCUUUCACUUGAAAAAUCACGUAUAAACAUUUUAUUUUUUAUUUAGUCAAGCCUUUGGUUAGUUUUAUGUAAUUACUGCA